AUGCCCAUCCCUGGCGUGCUCAUGGUUACCACUAGCCUGAAUAGCGUGUAUCUUGCCGUUGCCGGUGGACGCUUUUUGACAGGUCGGAGUGUCUGGCCUUCUGCUUGGUGGUGGUAUCUCUUAUUCCAACAGCGUGCCGCCAAUUACGGAGUUGUGCUCGCCAACGGUACUGUAUGCGAGGCAAAUGCACAGCAUAACUCCGACCUGUACUGGGCCUUGAAGGGCGGUGCUUUCAACUUUGGUAUUGUCACACGCUUCGAUCUGACAACCUUCCAUACAUGUGUUGGGGGGGGUGUAGGUUUCAGCGACCCUGCAGCUCACUCUGAUCCCUCGAUCCUGUACAACGUGACCACUGGGAAGGUAUCGGGGCAUGGUAUCUAUAUGCACAGAGGCGAUGACCCGGCACCUGCUACUCUCAAGAACUUCACCGACAUACUCUCUACAUUCCAAGAUUUCCGUGUUGGAAAGACAAUUUUGGAGUGGGAAAUCGGAGACAGCAUUUUUUGUCCACUGCUCUAG